AUGGACCAAAUCGUCGUCAGCGGCGACCAGAACUCGCAGCAGUAUGCGCAACAGUAUGCACCGCCACCGCCGCCAGGCACCUCUCCAGGCCCUGCUCCCGGCUCGCGAACACAAACACCAAAACGAUACUCACUUAUCGACGGCGAAUGGGUGCAACUAACGGCCGCCGGCGUCCCCCGCAAGAAACCAGGACGCAAGCCCGGCUCCGUUGUCAAGCCCAAGGCCCCAGCAGAGACCGCAGAGCAGCCCAAGGUGCGCCGGCCACGAAAGUCUCGCGAGGCUGAGACGGCGCUGCCCGUACAGCGCAAGAGAAAACUGGCGCCGGCGUCUGAUAUCGAUAGCGAUGCACCCAGCCCCAGGCCGCUGGCCCCUGCAGGCACGGGACCGCCGUCAUCAUCCCCCUCGCUGCACGCUCAGCUGGGCGACUCCCUGACUUCGACGCCGCAGCACCAGCUCCAGCCGCUUCCGGACAGGCGAUACUCGCCCAAGAUGCAGAAGCGCGAAGGAUAUCCAAGCUCCAUGCAGAGCAUUCUCAACGCCGACCCGCCGCCCGCGACUCGGUCGCCGUCAAAUAGCAUCACCAGCCCGAUCCCAGUGCGCACCAGCGGUCAGAGCUACGAUCCCAUCCGGGGCAAUUAUGAUCCCGUCCGAGAGACCAUGACCUCGCACUACUCCUCAGCUGCUGGCUCGCCGCGCGCAAUCCUGGCCGCGCCAGCGCAUCGCUCGCCGUCCAUUGCCAGCAUGAUCGAGCCUCAGCCCGCGACCACCAAGCCGUCGCCCAGCCAAUCUCACCUGGCCUACCCGCCUGCCAUGUCUCAACCGCGAUUGCAGGCGCCCGACGCCACACCGUUACCACCUUCUCCGUCCUACGUUCCCAAGACAUCGACUUCCACCCCCGCCAACCAAACCCCUGCCUUGAAACCUACCGUCCACGAAAUAAAACGCGACGCUCCUACACCUACGCCGGCGGCUCCUGCAGCGACCCCGCGGCCAGUUGUUGACCAGUCUAAUUUUACCACCAUUGCUAGCGGGCCUGUAAAGAAGGUGUCACCAAAACAAAAACCCAUCACCGGCGUCUCAACACCAAAGACAGACAUGUUGGACGAAACCAUUAUGGAGAUGGACGAGAGGUCAAUUCUCGAUUUCGGCAGAGCCCGCCCGGGCGAGGAAAAAGACACGCCCACCAUUGUUCUCACGAUUCCCCUAAUCUCGGGUGAAACUAACAAAUAUGUAAACUUCAUGCGCAUGGCUGAGGACCAAUACGGCUGGGACGCCUUGCAUCCCCGUCUCGCCGCCAAUCGAGACCGCAAAGCUCGCAUUGCUGCGGCCGCAGCCUCUCUGGAGAAGGUCGAAUCUGGUCGCGAGUCUGGCGACGAGAUGUCAGUCGACCUAUCUGACGGCGAGGGAAGCAAUCCCGAUAAUGGCGGAGUUAGCGGCGCCGACGCUCAAGCUAAACCUAAGAAGAAGCGAAAUUUCAAAGAAGACCAGUACGAUGUUGAUGACGACUUUGUUGACGACUCUGAACUACUCUGGGAGGCUCAAGCUGCCGCCAGCCGCGAUGGCUUCUUUGUUUACUCUGGUCCCUUGGUUCCCGAGGUCGAGAAGCCUACCACUGGCCACGAAGAACGCCCCAGGCGUGGACGAGGCGGAAGAGGCAGCCGAGGAGGAGGUCGAGGAGGAGCAACACGAGGAGGAGCAACAACCGGACGCGGUGGCGGCCCAGGCUCAAGAGGCGGCGCUGCUACAAGAAAACCUCGCAUAACAAAAUCCGAAAAGGCACAACGAGAGCGAGAAAAGGCAGAGAGGGAGAGCAUGGCCAAGGCAUCGGCCAACGGAUACCCUCUCCAACCGACAACACCAUCGCUAUCUGUCCGCGAGCUUGGUUCCUAG